UGACUGAGCCAUCAUAAAGGCGUCAACACACCACAGCCUGCAUUGCAGCACCACCAUUCUUCAGGCGACUUCAGAAACCAACUGACACCAACAAGAUACUGGAAACAGCGCAGUCAUGCUGAUUUUCACUCUGCUUUUCGUGUCUUCAGCUGUGGCGACCCCUCUGCUGGGCACUGAGCAGUGUGCCCGUGGCCCCCCCUACUGGUGUCAGAAUGUAAAGACAGCAUCGCUGUGUGGAGCUGUUCCUCAUUGUCAGCAGACUGUGUGGAGUAAGCCCCAGAUGAAAUCAGUGCCAUGUGACUUGUGUAAAGAAGUGCUGAUGGUGGUGGAGCAGUUACUGAAGGACAAUGCAACUCAGGCUGAGGUUCUUCAGUACUUGGAGAAGGCUUGCCAGCUCAUUCCUGAUCAAGGUUUGACUGAAGAGUGCAAGGAGAUUGUAGAUAGCUACUACCCCAUCCUCAUUGGGAUUAUCACUGGGGAACUGGAGGAUCCCAGUGUGGUGUGUGGAGCCAUGGGAAUUUGUAAGUCUCAGCAGGAAUUCCUGGCCAAGGUUCAGGCCAAGGAGCAGCUUGUAUCCAAUGAAAUUCCACAGAUUGACCUCUCCCAUCAAGUGGCUCCUUUCCUCCUCAAUGUCCCUGAGCUUCUGUAUCCUCAGGAGAACCUCAAACAGAACUCCCCCAAAGAAGAGACUCCACAGCAGGAAAACGAUGACGUUUGCCAGGACUGCAUCAAGUUCCUGACUGAUGCUCAAGCAGAAGCCAAGGCCAACACCUCCUUUAUUGACUCUCUUAUUCAGAAUAUUGAGAAGCAGUGUGACCUGUUGGGGCCAGGCUUGUCGGACAUGUGCAAACAGUAUGUUGGCCAGUAUGGAGCCGUUGUUGUUCAGCAGCUCAUGUCCAUGGAACAGCAACCCAAAGAGAUCUGCAUCCUUGCCGGUUUCUGUUCUGCUAUGAAGAAGUCCGUUCCCAUGCUGAAUCUUCAGCCUGCCAAGACUAUUUCUGCUGCAAAAGCUAUACCUGCUGCCAAACUUUUCCCUGCCACCAGUGUGGAUUCUGCUCCUAAGGCAAUGAUGCGUGUCCAUGAUUCCCCAACAUGUGCCAUCUGUGAGUUUGUGAUGAAACAGCUGGAGACGAUGAUUGAGGAUCAAACAACUGAGGAGGAGGUUAUUCAAGCUGUGGAGAAGGUGUGCACACUUUUGCCCUCCUCCCUGACUGCCCAGUGUAAGGACUUGAUUGAGACAUACGGCCAGGCCAUCAUUGAGCUGCUGGUGCAGCAGGCAGAUCCCAAGACUAUCUGUACGGUGCUGGCACUCUGCAAUGAUGCCAGUCGUGCUUAUGUUGCUCCACUUGACCAGUCUCGGUUCAAGGCAGGUGGCUUCUGUGAAGUUUGUAAAAUGGCUGUUAACUACAUGGAUGGCAUUUUGGAGCAGAACGCUACAGAGGAGGAGAUUAAGGAGGUUGUGAAGAAAGUGUGUAGCUUCUUGCCUGACGCUUACAAAACUGAGUGUGACCAGUUGAUUGCACAGUAUGAGCCGAUACUUGUCCAGUUAAUGCUCCAGAUGCUUGAUCCAGACUUUGUGUGCACAAAACUAGGAGCAUGUCCGGAAGCUGCACGGAGACUCCUUGGAGCAGAACAAUGCACCUGGGGACCCAAAUUCUGGUGCAAGAACAUGGAAACAGCUACCCGGUGCAAUGCUGUGGCUCACUGCAAACGCCAUGUGUGGGUAUAGAGGAUUUCCACAAACUGACCUGUAGGGAAUUAAAA